AAUACUGGAGGCCAAGCAGUCGGCCUGUUCUGAACAGGCACCUUUGGAAUAGGGCACUGCACUAGUCAUUUUACAUGUUUAGGAACUGGAGAUUCAUAUUCAUAUGCAUGCAGAUAAUACACUGAAGCAUCUAGAGGACGCUAACAGGACUGAAGAGUGCUAAGAGUCCACGAUGUAAAUAAGCCUUUAGGCUUUAUUGUGUCAUCCCAACCUUUCUUUUAAUGCUCACACUUCCUCCUCCCUCAGUGUGAUGUCAGGAUGACAUCCAGCAGCAGCAGAGCAGAGGGGAUAAGCUUGACAGCAGGUAUGUGUCCAACAGGCCAACACACGUCUUCUGCUGUCAGAUAAGAAACCUCCGCCAGACUUUCAGUGCAGUCUGACAGAGCAGAGACCUGCAAAGAGGAGAUGAGAGGAUAUCGAGGCAUCAAGUACACUUUAUUCGUCUGCUGUUACGUCUUCUGGGUGGUGAGCGCCAUCCUCACAGCGGUUGGGAUCUACGCCAAGAUUGCCAAGGAGAAAGAUGUGGUUGACACCGUGACAUUAGAUCCAGCUCUGCUGUUGAUUGUCGUUGGCUCGGUGAUGUUUCUUAUCACGUUUCUCGGAUGUUUCGGGGCGCUGCGUAACGCCACCUGCCUGCUGAAGACGUUUCUGGGGAUCCUGGUAGUCAUCCUCCUCCUGCAGAUUGCUGCUGGAGUCGUGGGAUACCUCUUCACUGACAUGGUGAUGGAGAGGACGGAGAGGCUGAUGAUGAAGGCCAUCGUCCGCUACAGGGAGGACCGGGACCUGGAGAACGCCAUCGACUUCAUCCAGAAGAAGUUUCAGUGCUGUGGAGUUGAGAACUAUAAGGACUGGUCCCAUAACAUCUACUUUGAGUGUUUGGACACAAAUCCCAGUCUGGAGGCCUGUGGAGUUCCCUUCUCCUGCUGCGUUCACCUACAGAACCAGACAGUGCUGAACACCAUGUGUGGUUAUGGGAUGCAGCAGCUGGAGGAGCGUUUGGCCGGUCAGGACGUCUUCACCAUCGGCUGCCUUGAGAGGAUCGUCUGGUGGGCUAAAAACCACCUGCUGCUGGUGGCUGGUCUGACUGCUGGCCUGCUGCUGCUCGAGGUCUGCAUGAUCUGCCUGGCUGCCGUUCAAAUCUCCAGGAUAAAGAAAGUCCAUCAACUGAAGAGUGAAAAUGCACCUAGAGGCCAGUCGGAAAGAAAGGACAGCUACUGGUUUCCUGCUUUUGCAGACUUCGAUGACGAAUAAAAUCAGCUACGAGAGAUAGGAUCUGAAAAAUUGCUGACAGAUUUCUCUAAUAAGGGACUUUCAUUUAUUCUUGGUCAGAUAAGAAAAACAGCUGAAGGGUGAUCAAAUGGAGCCGGACACGCUCUGUUCACUGUGAAUUUAUAGUUUGAUAUUUUAGGAAAGUGUCUGAGGCUCUCACAGUGGGUGGACAGUUUCCAUGCCUUGCUCCGGGACCGACAGCAAGACUCAGAGGUGUUGGCGAUUAAACUACUACCUCAUGUAAAACCAUCUUUAGGUCUUUCUUUUCACUUUUUUUUUAUAAAAGUAAGUGAUACUAAAAUACAGUGAGUUUUGAUAUCACCAUUAUGUGAAAAGAUAUAUUUUUGUUUUAUAAAAAGCUGUUACUUUUAGAUGAAUUAAAAUUGAACAGAUGUUAUGCAUUGUGUAUAUUGUAUGCAUAUUAAUCCUGAUGAGAAUCAAGCUUCAUGUAGUUACUCCUCAGACUUACUGUGACGAUUUCUACUGAACUUCUUAACAAUGUUGGAGGUCCACAUCAGUUGUAAAUCUACCUAAUCCCAGCAUUUGUAUGUUAUUUAAAGUGUGGCUUUUUUUCUGUAUGCUGAAAUGUAAGUAUUUGGUUACAUUUGGUUAAAGUAUUCCCAACUAUUUAAGUCCCAGUAACU